ACAAGUACAUACGCAUCGCACCGUAGACUCACAAAGGAAUAAUGGGAGAUAUGAAUCAUGUGAUGUAGACAUCCCUACCAAUUAGAUGUCAUCGCAUAUGAGGAGACUUGACCAUAAAGGAAGAGCCUGCACAAUUCAAGCCGAUGGUAUAUAUUUAAUUCAGAGUGCGUUUAAGUGCAGAAUCGCAAGUUACAGAGUCAAAACUGAUGAAAAGCAUAUAGAUUAUAUAACAUUUUUUGAUACUAUAAAAUUUAGAAUAUUGGAAUUGUCAAAAGUUGUUCUGAGGGCCCAUAAUGCCAUUAAAGUUAAUGUAGAGGUCUUCGCUACUUACGUAUUGCAAAGCCAAGAUAUUUCCGAAAUCAAAUCUUUUAACAGCAUAAAUCGAAUACUAGAUUUGUCGACAGAGUUAGAUGUGGUAUAUGCAGACUUGAGGGAAGCCGUGGUAUCUCAAACUGCGGACUUUCAACAUAAGGAUUCAGGGUGGUCAUUACAGGAAGUACUAUUUUUAGAAGUAAACAUAAAUAAGUACUCUCCACUAGGCGGCUGCUCGUACAUAAAGCUCCCCAAGUUUAUUGAAACCAAGAAGGGUGUAGUUAAUGUGCAAAAUAAUGAUGCGUAUUGCUUUGCUUGGGCCAUCACAUCGGCACUGUAUUCAGCGAGGGAUCAUGUUAGCACAUCAUCGUAUCUACACCGUGCUGAAUGUUGCGGGUAUUGA